GCCUCAAUCCUGUUGAUCCUCUCUAAUGACAACACUUCAAUAUAACUCCUCGUACUACCUCCAGUCAAUACAAUAAAGAUGGCAAUAGUCCAGUAGACACUACAGCAACAGUCUCUGGUCCUAUUGUUCUCCACAGAGAGAAUGAGGCUCCUAAUAAUAGCCUACACGAGCGGAUUAUCUUCAGUUGCUGCUCUAUCUCCACCUGUUUCUCUCUGACAGUGUCAAGAGAGUGACUGUUAUUACAUCUCCUAAUAUCCUAGCUAGGCCUACUCGGGCAGUGACUAGGAUUGACUAGCUACUCUUCUACUAGCAGCAGUGGAUCAGUAGCAGUUCCUGUAUUUCAGUCUUUCAAUUCAGUUCCUAGUUGAAAAGGAAAGAUGGCUAAUUUAUUAUCACUUUUAGCUCUUUCUCUUGUACUGAUAUCCACUACAAUGGCCGUAGUAGGACCACCUGGUAAUCCAGGUGCUGAGCCAAACCCAGUUGGACCGCCUGGAGCCCCUGGUGCCCCUGGAGAUCCUGGAGCAGAUGGUUUAAAUGGUAGAAGUGGUAAAGAUGGUGAGCCUGGAGCAAAGGGACCGCCUGGUGCCCCUGGAGACUCUGGAGCAGCUGGACCACCUGGUGCUCCUGCUAUCCUACCCCCUGGGUUUUUUGACCCCAAAGGUCCUGCCCCUCACUUGAUCGGUAUCAAGGGAGACAAAGGAACGUCUGGACCUGAUGGACCACCUGGAGUUCAUGGAGCACCUGGUCACCCUGGCCACCCUGGUCCCCAAGGUGACAAGGGAGAACCUGGUGAUAAAGGAGCCCCUGGAGAUAAAGGACAUCCUGGAUUAAAGGGACCCAUCGGAAAACCUGGUGAGCAAGGAGCUAGAGGGAGGAAAGGACUACCAGGAGGACCUGGUCCAAGAGGAAGAGGAGGACCAGCUGGAGCUAAGGGACCAGAUGGAGCCAAAGGAGCAACCGGUGAGCAAGGAUUCCCUGGAUCAAAGGGAAGUCAGGGAGCAGCUGGUCAGCCUGGUAGGACUGGAUCAAGGGGCAACGCUGGGAACCCUGGAAACCCUGGAGCACCUGGAGAGCCUGGACAGAAAGGACAAGCAGGAUCAAUCGGACAUCCAGGACCAGCUGGUUCAAGAGGACCUGUAGGAGCACCUGGACCAGUUGGUGAGGUUGGUAAGACUGGUGCCCAUGGUGCCCCUGGAAAGAGAGGAGACGCUGGUGAUACUGGUGCUGAUGGUUUACCUGGAGCAACAGGUGACGGAGGAGCACCUGGUAAUGACGGAGCUCCUGGUCAUCCUGGAAAGAACGGAGUUGAUGGAUUUGAUGGUGGAAUUGGAGCACCUGGUGACCCUGGAGCACAGGGAGACCAAGGUGCAGCUGGUCCUAUCGGUUACCCUGGAGCCCAAGGCCCCAAGGGUCCUGGAGGUGAUGCUGGUGCUACUGGUGUACCUGGAGCUGAUGGAGACAAAGGAAAGAAAGGAGAGACAGGAGAGCCUGGCCAUCAAGGAAAACAAGGUUUGAGGGGACACCAAGGGAAGACUGGUGUCGUGGGUAAGACUGGGGGCCCUGGAGCAACUGGACCUGAUGGACCACCUGGACCUGUUGGACCUACUGGAAACAAGGGACCUGGUGGUAGGCCUGGAGUACCUGGUCUUCCUGGUCGUCAAGGACCUAAAGGUAGAGCUGGACCUAAUGGUCACCGUGGCAACCCUGGAGGCCCUGGAUUAAAUGGUGAAGAUGGUAAACCAGGUGCUCCUGGUUCCGCUGGUGAAGCUGGUCAGGCCGGUAGAGGAGGCAGGGCAGGUAGACCAGGUAGAAGUGGAGCUGCUGGACGACCAGGAGCUAAUGGAGACCAAGGCCCCAUUGGAGAGGCAGGCCAUCCUGGUUCUACUGGCCCUCAGGGAGCACCUGGUGCCCCUGGAAAACAAGGAGCCGCUGGUAAUGACGGAACACCUGGUCUACCAGGAAGUGCUGGUGCACCUGGACCCAAUGGAGAUAGAGGACACCCUGGACCAUCUGGGCCUAUUGGAGAACCAGGUCCUAGUGGAGACAAAGGAUCUGAUGGUCCAACUGGAGCCCCAGGGGACCAAGGAGACGUGGGACCAACAGGUAGUGCUGGAGCUACUGGACCUGAUGGACCAGCUGGUGCCCCUGGUGAUGCUGGUCCUCAAGGUGAGGUUGGCGAUAAAGGAUACCCAGGGUCUCAAGGGGAACCUGGUACUCCUGGUGAAGCUGGUAAGGCUGGACCACAAGGACCUCAAGGAAACGCUGGAGACCCUGGACCAAGGGGAGAAGCUGGUGAGCCUGGUGCCCCAGGACACACUGGACCAGCUGGAGAUUUGGGUGAAGCAGGUAGUGACGGAGAUGCAGGAGCACCUGGUGCCCCUGGAGCAGCUGGUCAAAAAGGCCCCAGAGGGUCUGCAGGAGCAGCUGGUGAAACUGGACCACAAGGAGACCCCGGCCCACCUGGACCUCAGGGACUACCCGGAACAACUGGAGCUGAUGGACCACCAGGACCAGCUGGACCUCAAGGACUCAAGGGACCUGAUGGACCUCAAGGUAAUCAAGGUGUUGUUGGACCACCUGGCUCAGCUGGACCUGCUGGUGCCCCCGGAGCCCCUGGACCUCGUGGAGAAGAUGGAGAAACAGGACCACAGGGACACCCUGGUGAGCCUGGUCCUGCUGGCCCUGAUGGCACCCCAGCCCCACUGACGAUACUUGGAGAACCAGGAGACGCUGGCCCCAAGGGACCGAGGGGAGCUAAUGGCUCACCUGGUCUCGCUGGACCUGCUGGCUUACCCGGUAUGACUGGUGAUGCUGGACCCGUGGGAGAUGAUGGAGAGGCAGGAGCUACUGGUCCAGCUGGACCUGUUGGUGACGCUGGAGAGUCUGGAUUAGAUGGAGCUAAGGGUCCUAGGGGACACCCUGGACAAGCCGGUAACAAUGGGAAUCAAGGCCAACCUGGUCUACCUGGGGCCACUGGAGCACCUGGUACACCUGGUAGUGAGGCUGGUCCACCUGGUACCCCUGGCACACCUGGGGACGUGGGACGUGAUGGAGCCCAAGGAUCAAGAGGAUCUCAAGGAGCCCCUGGACCUCAAGGAUCACCUGGUAAUGCUGGUACACAAGGACCUAGAGGACCCAACGGAGCUCAGGGGGCUACUGGUCAACCCGGUGAACGUGGGUUCCCUGGAUUUGAUGGAGCCACUGGACCUCCAGGACCACCUGGUCUACCUGGACCAAAGGGAGAAGCCGGACCACAAGGUGCAAGAGGAGAGAAUGGACCCAAGGGACCUAAAGGAGCUCAAGGAGAAGCAGGACCUAAUGGAGCCCAGGGAGCUAGGGGAGACCCAGGAUCAGCUGGAGAGAAAGGAGCAAGAGGACCAGGUGGACCAGAAGGACAGCCUGGGAAACAGGGAGUGGCUGGUAAACAAGGAGCACAAGGACAGAAGGGAGACCAAGGGGAACAGGGAGACAAGGGAGGCCAAGGAGACAAGGGUGUGGAGGGGAAACCCGGCUAUCCUGGACCUGUUGGCAUGUCUGGUGAUCCAGGACCAGCUGGUGCCCCCGGAGUACCUGGACCUCAAGGACCAAGAGGACAUCAAGGACCUGAUGGAGCCCAGGGUUUCCGAGGAGCACCUGGCCCUAAGGGACCCCCUGGAUCUGAUGGGGAGACUGGUAACGCUGGGCCUGCUGGACCACCUGGACCUGCUGGACCCCCUGGACCACCUGCUAUUACUCCGUUCCCAGCAGUGACACCAUACUUUUAUAAAGGAGAGGGAGAUGCUCAGGACGUUAACCUUGGUGACAUCAGUAAGGUCGUCAACGCUCACAAUAAACUCCAACAUUUGAAGUCUCCCAAAGGAACUCAGGACUCACCCGCCAGAUCCUGUCUGGACCUCCAACUAGAGGACCCUAAGAUCAAUGAUGGCUAUUACUGGAUUGAUCCCAAUGGUGGCUGCACUAGUGAUGCUGUGCAGGUAUUCUGUAACUUUUCAUCUGGUAAUGUAAGGACUUGUGUCCACCCUGUUAAUGGAGAGAGCUCUGUUAGAACAUGGAGCGGAGAUUCUGUUUGGUUUAGCUCCUUUAAAGGAGGAUUUAAGAUCAGCUACAGUCUUCCUAAGGCCCAGUUGGAUUAUUUAAGAGUCGGUUCUAGAUAUGCUUCUCAACAGUUCACAUACAACUGUCAGUAUUCUGAGGCAGCACUUCUAUUCCGCUCUCAGACUGGAACAGAAAUGAAACCAACUAGCACUAUUUAUGAUGGAUGUCAAGGUAAGCCUUCUCACGGAUCAUCAGUUGUAGAAGUUAGUACCAGAAAGAUUAACCAGCUACCAUUAAAUGAUUUUGCUGUCACUGAGAACACUCCAUCAAGUCCUCAGUUUGGGUUUGUCAUGGGGCCAGCUUGUUUCUACUAACUCAGUUUCAUAUUUACUGUCUUAUCAUGUUUUCUAUCAAUAAAUAAUAAUUAAUGCGAAAAAACUUAUUUGAUUUUGUCGUCGUAAACAACAAGAAAGGCUUGUUUAUUAUUAUAAUUAUUAUUGGUCCUGUUUUUGUAUUAAGUUUAAUUUCAUUUUUCUUUAAACCUUAAAAUAAUUUUCCUACACUGUAAA